AUGUGGAAGCUUCCAUUGAAUAAUAUGUCCGAGGCAUUGGGGAAUAUAUCCCCACCUAGUCAAGAUGUUAGUACAUUAUUGCCUUAUAAUAAUUUUGAUUUAAUGAGAAAUGAAAAUAAUAAUCAUAGUAAUAACAACUCAGGGGAUGAAGAUUCAAGUGAUGGUGAAAAUAGUAGUGUACGUAUUAAAAAUAUGGAUCCAAUGGAAAAGUUAUUGUAUGACUUAACAAAUGGAAAAAUGAAAGCAGAAAAACAUUAUGUAUAUACAAGUGAUGGAUAUAAACUAAAUUUAUACCAUAUUGUGGAUGCAAAUAAAGAUAACAAUAAGAAUAAUAAUGCUGGUAAAAUAGAAAAAAAAAAAGAAGUGUUUUGUUUAAAUCAUGGACUUUUCGAAUCCUCAAUGAAUUAUGCAUGCAAAGGGUAUAGAUCUUUAGCUUUUCAAAUUUUUGCAAAAAAUUACGAUGUAUGGAUUUGUAAUAAUAGGGGAAAUAAUUUUUCAAAGUUUGUAGGAAAAGAAAAAGCUUUAAAAAAAUUGUUAGAAAGAUAUACCACGGAAGGUUUAAAAGAUAUAGGUGUUGAAUUAGAAGAAAAUGAGGAUAAACAAUCUGAUCAUAAUAAUACUAGUAAAAAAAAAGAAAUUUUGUGUUUAGAGGAUAUUAAAAAAGGUGAAGAGAUAAAUAUUGAAGAUGAUAAAAAUAAAAUUUUUCAUCAAUGUCAAAAAAAAGAUGAAGAGUCAGAUUUAAUUGAGAAGUCGUUACCCAACACGGAUAUAAUUUUGACUCGUAAGUAUAAGGUAUUGAACUCGUCAGAACAGCCAACAAAAGUUGAACAAGAACAGAUGACGAAUAAUUCUGAACAUGUUCAUGUUUUACCGGAAGAUAAAGAAGAGCAUGGAAAGCAAACAUCAAAUAAUAAUAAUAAUAAUAAUAAUAAUAAUAAUAAUAAUAAUAAUAAUAAUAAUAAUAAUAAUAAUAAUAAUAAUAAUAAUAAUAAUAAUAAUAAUAAUAAUAAUAAUAAUAAUAAUAAUAAUAAUAAUAAUAAUAAUAAUAAUAAUAAUAAUAAUAAUAAUAAUAAUAAUAAUAAUAAUAAUAAUAAUAACAAUAACAAUAACAAUAAUAAUAAGAAGAAGAAUGAUAAGGAGAAUGAUAAGGAGAAUGAUAAAAAGAAAAAAGACAAAAAAAAAGACAAAAAGGACGGUGGUACAGGUAAUUAUCCUAGUAAUUCUAAGAACGGAAAUUCCACUUCUAAGGGAGGUCUGAAAGUUACCGCCGUAUCUGGGUCCGAUUCGAAAAAUGAUAAAGAUGAAGAAGAUGAUUUAGAUGAUGACAAUGAUCCUUGGAAAUUUCCUAAUUUAAUGGAUAAAUUAAGAUUCCAAGAUUUAUUUAAUCAAAGGCGUGGUACGGGUUCAUUCCCUCCCAAGGUUAUGGAAGAGGGUGAGAAUGAUCUUGAUCGCUUAGUACAGGAAGAUUUAAAAGAUAGCACAAAUGAAUAUGAUGACAGGAAGGACUUUGAUAAAGAUGAUGACGAAGAUGAAGAAGAUGAUGUUUGUGCAUUAGACGACGGUAAUAAAGAUGGAAAAGAUAAGAAAGACGAUAAAGAUGGAAAAGAUAAGAAAGACGAUAAAGAUGGAAAAGAUAAGAAAGAUGAUAAAGAUGGAAAAGAUAAGAAAGAUGAUAAAGAAGAUAAAGAUGGAAAAGAUAAGAAAGAUGAUAAAGAUGGAAAAGAUAAGAAAGAUGAUAAAGAUGGAAAAGAUAAGAAAGAUGAUAAAGAUGGAAAAGAUAAGAAAGAUGAUAAAGAUGGAAAAGAUAAGAAAGACGAUAAAGAUGGAAAAGAUAAGAAAGACGAUAAAGAUGGAAAAGAUAAGAAAGACGAUAAAGAUGGAAAGGACAAGAAAGACGAUAAAGAUGGAAAAGAUAAGAAAGAUAACAAAGACGAUAAAGAUGGCAAAGGCGACAAAGAUGAUGAUGAAGAUGAUGAAGAUGAUGAUGAAGAUGAUUUGGAGGAUACCACAAAUAAUUGGGAUAACAAUGAAGAUAGCGUGAAUUAUAGGUUUUACUGGGGUAAUGAUGGUGAUACGGAUGACAAAUACUGUAAGCGUAUAAAAGAAGGCGAAAAUGACAAGGAUGACGAAGAUAACGAGGAUGACGAAGAUAACGAGGAUGACGAAAAGGAAAAAGAUGACGAAAAGGAAAAAGAGAGAAAUGAAAACGAGGAGUCAGUUAUGUUGAGUGAGUGGUAUCGCAGUAUUGAUGAUGAUGGCAAAGAUAAAACCACCUCUAAGGAAAAAUUUGAUAAUUUUAUGGAUAAAAUAAAAAUUGAGGAUUUGUUCAAUCGUAAUCGUGGUAGGGGUUCAUUUCCUCUUGCGCAAAUGGAAGAAGGUGAAAGUGAUCUCGACCGCUUAGUACAGGAAGAUUUAAAAGAUAGCACAAAUGAAUAUGAUGACAGGAAGGACUUUGAUAAAGAUGAUGACGAAGAUGAAGAAGAUGAUGUUUGUGCAUUAGACGACGGUAAUAAAGAUGGAAAAGAUAAGAAAGAUGAUAAAGAUGGAAAAGAUAAGAAAGAUGAUAAAGAUGGAAAAGAUAAGAAAGAUGAUAAAGAUGGAAAAGAUAAGAAGAAGGACAAGAAAGACGAUAAAGAUGGAAAGGACAAGAAAGACGAUAAAGAUGGAAAAGAUAAGAAAGACGAUAAAGAUGGAAAGGAUAAGAAAGAUGAUAAAGAUGGAAAAGAUAAGAAAGAAGAUAAAGAUGGAAAAGAUAAGAAAGAUGGCAAAGGCGACAAAGAAGAUGAUGAAGAUGAUGUAGAUGAUGUAGAUGAUGAAGAUGAUGAUGAUUUGGAGGAUACCACAAAUAACUGGGAUAAUUUAUAUGACUUUGGAGAAGAAUCGUGGGAUAACAAGGACAAGAAAGACGAUAAAGAUGACAAAGACGAUAAAGAUGACAAAGACGAUAAAGAUGACAAAGACGAUAAAGAUGGAAAAGAUAAGAAAGACGAUAAAGAUGGAAAAGAUAAGAAAGACGAUAAAGAUGGAAAAGAUAAGAAAGACGAUAAAGAUGGAAAGGACAAAAAAGACGAUAAAGAUGGAAAGGACAAGAAAGACGAUAAAGAUGGAAAGGACGAAGAAAAGAUAAGAAAGACGAUAAGGAUGGAAAAGAUAAGAAAGACGAUAAGGAUGGAAAAGAUAAGAAAGACGAUAAGGAUGGAAAAGAUAAGAAAGACGAUAAGGAUGGAAAAGAUAAGAAAGACGAUAAGGAUGGAAAAGAUAAGAAAGACGAUAAAGAUGGAAAAGAUAAGAAAGACGAUAAAGAUGGAAAAGAUAAGAAAGACGAUAAAGAUGGAAAGGAUAAGAAAGACGAUAAGGAUGGAAAAGAUAAGAAAGACGAUAAGGAUGGAAAAGAUAAGAAAGACGAUAAGGAUGGAAAAGAUAAGAAAGACGAUAAAGAUGGAAAAGAUAAGAAAGACGAUAAAGAUGGAAAGGACAAGAAAGACGAUAAAGAUGACGAUAAAGAUGGAAAGGAUAAGAAAGACGAUAAAGAUGGAAAAGAUAAGAAAACCGGUAAAGAUGGAACAGGUAAGGAGGCCCAGAAAAGAGAGCGCGACAGCGGUCUUGGUUGGUGGUGGUAUAGGAGCUGCUGCGUUAGGUGGUUUAGCUGGUAUUAUAGCUGGUGGGGCUGGUGCAGCUGGUGCAGCUGGUGCAGCUGGUGGAGCUGGUGCAGCUGGUGGGGCUGGUGCAGCUGGUGCAGCUGGUGGUAUUGGUGAAGCUCUAUAUGAUGCCGUAGCCGGCGGUGGUAGUUCAUCUGGAUAUGAAGCCUUAGGCGGCGGUAAUGGAUCUAUUUAUGAAACCAUAGGUGGUGGUGGUCAAGGGACAUAUGAAGACGUAGGCUUAAGUGGUAGUGGUACAUAUGAUGACGUAAGUUUCGGUGGCAGCAGUGGAGGUUCAUAUGAAACACCAGGCCCAACUGAGCAUAUAUAUGAAACCAUAGGCGGUGGUGGUGAAGGUGCAUAUGAAACUCCAGGUCCAACUGAACAUAUAUAUGAAACCAUAGGCGGUGGUGGUGAAGGUGCGUAUGAAACUCCAGGCCCAACUGAACAUAUAUAUGAAACCAUAGGCGGUGGUGGUGAAGGUGCAUAUGAAACUCCAGGCCCAACUGAACAUAUAUAUGAAACCAUAGGCGGUGGUGGCGAAGGUGCAUAUGAAACUCCAGGCCCAACUGAACAUAUAUAUGAAACCAUAGGCGGUGGUGGCGAAGGUGCAUAUGAAACUCCAGGCCCAACUGAACAUAUAUAUGAAACCAUAGGCGGUGGUGGCGAAGGUGCAUAUGAAACUCCAGGCCCAACUGAACAUAUAUAUGAAACCAUAGGCGGUGGUGGCGAAGGUGCAUAUGAAACUCCAGGCCCAACUGAACAUAUAUAUGAAACCAUAGGCGGUGGUGGCGAAGGUGCAUAUGAAACUCCAGGCCCAACUGAACAUAUAUAUGAAACCAUAGGCGGUGGUGGUGGAGGUGCUGAUGGAGGUGCUGGUGGUGGUGCAGGUGCAGGUGCAGGUGGAGGUGCUGGUGCUGGUGCUGGUGGUGGUGCAGGUGCAGGUGGAGGUGCAGGUGGUGCUGCUGGUGCUGCUGGUGCUGCUGGUGCUUCAGGUGCUGCUGGUGCUGCUGCAGGUGCUUCAGGUGCUUCAGGUGCAAGUGGUAGAAAUGUUUCUGACAAAACUACAGACAAGAAAGGUGAAGGAAAACGCAAAAAACACAAAAGACGCCAUGAUGAAAAUAAAGCUAAGAAGGACUUUGAUAAUUUUAUGGAUAAAAUAAAAAUUGAGGAUUUGUUCAAUCGUAAUCGUGGUAGGGGUUCAUUCCCUCUUGAACAAUUGGCAGAAGGUGAAAGUGAUCUCGACCGCUUAGUACAGGAAGAUUUAAAAGAUAGCACAAAUGAAUAUGAUGACAGGAAGGACUUUGAUAAAGAUGAUGAGGAAGAUGAAGACGAUGAAGUUUGUAAAAGAGAAAGUGAUAGUGAUAGCGAUGAAGACGAUGACGAAGAUAAGGAAGAUGACGAAGAUGACAAAAAACCUAAGAAAAAAAAGAAAGAUGAAGAUGAUUUAGAAGAUACUUCAAAUAACUGGGAUAACACGGCAGAUAAAGAUUAUGAUGAGGAGGAAUGGGGGGGAGAAGAUGACGAAGAUAACGAUAAUGGCGACGAUGGAGACGAUGACGAUGAUGGGAAAGAUAAAAAAGAUGAGAAAGAUAAAAAAGGUGAGAAAGAUAAAAAAGAUGAGAAAGAUAAAAAAGAUGAGAAAGAUAAAAAAGAUGAGAAAGAUAAAAAAGAUGAGAAAGAUAAAAAAGAUGAGAAAGAUAAAAAUGAUGACGAAAAUGACAAAAAACGCAAAGAUAAAAAGAAAGCUAAGAAGGACUUUGAUAAUUUUAUGGAUAAAAUAAAAAUUGAGGAUUUGUUCAAUCGUAAUCGUGGUAGGGGUUCAUUCCCUCUUGAACAAUUGGCAGAAGGUGAAAGUGAUCUCGACCGCUUAGUACAGGAAGAUUUAAAAGAUAGCACAAAUGAAUAUGAUGACAGGAAGGACUUUGAUAAAGAUGAUGAGGAAGAUGAAGACGAUGAAGUUUGUAAACGUGAGGAAGAUGAAGAAAAAAAAAAGAAAAAGAAAGAGCAAGAAGAAGAAGAAGAAGAAGAAAAGAGAGAAGGCAAAAAACGUAAGAAAAAAGAUGAUGAUGACAUAGAUGAAGAUGAAUUAGAAGAUAGUUCAAAUAAUUGGGAUAAUGUGAAUGAAGAUGACGGGGAUGAAUGGAAUAAGCAGGAUGACGGCGAAAAGGACGAUGAUGAAGAUGCCGAUAAUUUUCAGGAUUUAAGAAACUUAUUGACUAGUUUUAAUGUUACAGAUAUGUUUAGUAAUGGACGUGAUAGGGGGAAUUUAUUUCCUAGACGAAAAAAAGAUACAGAUGACAAAAUCGAUAAAGAUUAUAAAGACGGUAAAGAUAAGAAAGACGAUAAAGACGGUAAAGAUAAGAAAGACGAUAAAGACGGUAAAGAUAAGAAAGACGAUAAAGACAGUAAAGAUAAGAAUGAUAUAAAAAAAGAUAAAUAUGAUAGAAGACCUCAUAAACCUAAAGACCCUAAAAAGUUCCCUGAAGGUGCGAAUUUUGAAAAUUUUAUGGAUAAAAUAAAAAUUGAGGAUUUGUUCGAUCGUAAUCGUGGUAGGGGUUCAUUCCCUCUUGAACAAUUGGCAGAAGGUGAAAAUGAUCUUGACCGCUUAGUACAGGAAGAUUUAAAAGAUAGCACAAAUGAAUAUGAUGACAGGAAGGACUAUGAUAAAGAUGAUGACGAAGAUGAAGAUGAUGAUGUUUGUAGAAGAGAGGAUGAUGAAGAAGAAGAAGAAGAAUUAGAAGAAACUGAUUUAAAGGAUAAUACGAAUGAAUGGGAUUACAACAAAGAAGGAGAUUACGAUAAUGGUCAGGAAGAUUGGGAGAAAGGGGGUGACAAAGAUAACGAUAAUGGCGAAGAUGGAGACGAUGACGACGAUGACGAUAAUGAGAAAGAUAAAAAAGGUGAGAAAGAUAAAAAAGAUGAGAAAGAUAAAAAAGAUGAGAAAGAUAAAAAAGAUGAGAAAGAUAAAAAAGGUGAGAAAGAUAAAAAAGAUAAGAAAGAUAAAAAUGAUGAGAAAGAUAAAAAUGAUGACGAAAAUGACAAAAAACGCAAAGAUAAAAAGAAAGCUAAGAAGGACUUUGAUAAUUUUAUGGAUAAAAUAAAAAUUGAGGAUUUGUUCAAUCGUAAUCGUGGUAGGGGUUCAUUCCCUCUUGAACAAUUGGCAGAAGGUGAAAGUGAUCUCGACCGCUUAGUACAGGAAGAUUUAAAAGAUAGCACAAAUGAAUAUGAUGACAGGAAGGACUUUGAUAAAGAUGAUGAGGAAGAUGAAGACGAUGAAGUUUGUAAACGUGAGGAAGAUGAAGAAAAAAAAAAGAAAAAGAAAGAGCAAGAAGAAGAAGAAGAUGAAAAGAGAGAAGGCAAAAAACGUAAGAAAAAAGAUGAUGAUGACAUAGAUGAAGAUGAAUUAGAAGAUAGUUCAAAUAAUUGGGAUUACGAAGAGGAAGGUGAUUAUGGUCAUAAUGAGUGGCGUAAGGAGGAUGAAAAAAAUGAAGAUAAAAUUAAUUUUCCGGAUUUUCAGAAUUUAAUGGAAAGCUUAAAUUUAGAAGAUUUAGUAAACGUUCAAAAUUCUGGGGUAGGUGGUUUAUUUUCUAACAUGCAAAAUGAUAAACACAAUAAAGAUGGAAAAGAUGGAAAAGAUGGCAAAGAUGGAAAAGAUGGAAAAGAUGGCAAAGAUGGAAAAGAUGGCAAAGAUGGAAAAGAUGGCAAAGAUGGCAAAGAUGGAAAAGAUGGAAAAGAUGGCAAAGGUGGUAGUGGUGGUGGUGGUGGUGGUGCUAGUGGAGGUAGUGGUGGUAGAGGUGGCAGUGGUGCUAGUGGAGGUAGCGGUGGUAGAGGUGACAGUGGAGGUAGAGGUGGCAGUGGAGGUAGUGGUGGUAAAGGUGGUAGUAGUGGAAACCGUCGUACCGGUUUUAAUUCGGGGAGAUAUAGCGUCAUACAGCAAAAUGUUGGUCAUGUAGGUAAUGAUGGAGAAGAUGAUAAACAGCACAAAGUUGUUGACACUGUGGGGGUAAACAAGGUGAAGAAUAAGUUGUUGCAAAAUAUCAAAAGAGAGAAGGAGGAGUUCCUAAGGGAAAAAAAGAAGAGUAGUAUAAAAUUGGAAGGAAAGAAUAUAGAAGACUCAUGGACAUUUGAAGAUAUGGGAAGUAAAGAUUUACCUGCAAUAAUAAAAUACAUAAGAGAAGAAACACAAAAAGACAAAAUAAUAUAUGUAGGAUUCUCUCAAGGUAGUAUACAGCUUUUAAUUAGUUCAUGUUUGAAUCCUUAUGUAAAUGAUAGUAUUAAGAGAUCAUAUUUAUUGUCACUUCCAAUUAUAUUAAGAGAAAAACGUAAUUUAAUAAAGCCAAUUAGAUUGUCAUUACCUUCAAUAUAUAGACAUUAUAAAUCAAUUUUAAAGUUAAGAGAAUGUAUGCAAAAAUCACUUCCAAAUAAAGUAAGUUCAUAUUUAAUACCCAAAACCGCUCAUCUUAUUACACAGAGAAUGUUUAAGUAUUAUAAUGGAUCAUUAAAUGAUGAAGAAAAAAGAAGAUACUUUAGUAAUACUCCCAGUGGUACUACAUCAAAAGCAAACUUAAAGAAAUGGUUUUCGGGAUUUAAUAAUGGACCUGUUACAGAUAUAAUUGACAAACACGCAGAUAAAUGUACAUUCCCAAUUACACUUAUAUAUGGAGAUAAGGAUACAAUUGUAGACCCUCAGAAUUCUAUUGAGUAUAUGAAAAAGAAAUUCCCCCAUAAUAAUAUACAAAUAAUUAGAAAAAAACAUUGGUCACACUUAGAUCCUGUAUGGACAGACGAUGAUAAUGUUGUCAUCUCUAGCAUUCUGAAAGACUUAAGGAAUGAUGAAGGCGGAGGAGGAAGACGUGGGGUGCUGGUAGGUGCGUAA